UCCAAGGUUUUUAAAACUUUGAUGUACAAGCUCACGGGCUAAAGCGGAUUUCUCUCCACGGCGGCGGUGGCGCUCCCUCCUCCGUCCGCGCGGCGCUCACCUCGGCCGGCGGGCGACGACGCGCGCACCCACCCCGGCCGUCGGCGCUCCUACAAGGCCACUCGACGGCCGAUUCCUGCUCGUGCUCGACGUCGGUGGCUCCACAUCCUGCUUCGCCCCCACUGCCGGUAGGCUCGCGGCCUUCCCCUCUCGAUUCUCGCACGGCACUGAGUACCACCGUCAUGGCGUCCCCGCCGCAGCGCCCACCUGCCGCUGCCCCGCCCACGGUCGCAUCUGCUCCUCCGGCGACCGCCCCGCAGCCUCUGCCCCGAGCCUUCCCCGCCGCCUCCGCCCCGCCACGCGCCGCCGCCGCCGCGACUCCGACACCGCCACCGCUUUUCACCGGCCGCCCGCUAAACCCUAGCCAUGCCUCCCCCGCCCACGGCAUCUUCUACCCCGUGGCCACAACCUCCUCCUCCGCCGCCGCCCUUGCGAACCAGCGUCGGGCUCCCAACGCCGGGUACCCCCGUGCCCAGGCCGUCGCUGUCCCCGUCGCGCCGUCUCAGCAGCUCCAGAUGCAAACGCAGCCACAGUCGUUCGCUGCCGUGUCGCGGGCGGUGGUGGCGGGUGUGACGCCGCGUCCCGAGCAGCCUCCUCGAGGGGUUCCUAUAGCUCCGCAGCCUCAUCCCAAGGUGAAUCCAGUUGCAGCCGUUACUCCAUCCCCUCAACAUGAAGAGCAUAGCAAUACAAAGCAAAGAGAAAGUACCAAAGAAGACUCUACAACUGUGGUGGUGAUCAAUGAUCGGAAAGUUAACUUGUUGGACAGCGAGUCUGGAUCCUUGUAUGCUCUUUGCCGAUCUUGGGUGCGGAAUGGUGUUCAACAUGAAAUUCAGCCAAGAUUUGUUGGAAACGUUGCACCACUUCUUCCAAGACCUUUGCCGGCCUCAGUUGUAGAUUCUAGGAUAUCUGAAAAGCACAAUGAUACUGAAAAUGAAGAUUCAGAAGAAGAGAAGAAUGAUACUGGUGAAUAUACUGCAGCUGACUUAUUAAAGCAACAUGUAAAUCGUGCAAAAAAGAUACGCGCUAGAUUGCGCAAGGGGCGGCAAUCCCGGAUUGAAAGGUACAAGCAGCGCCUUGCAUUUCUCUUGCCCCCACCACCGUCGCCGCCCACCGAGCCUGGAAAGCAUGAUGGACGUCCAUAAAACUGACCGAUGAUAUUGUAGGCACCAUGGCUUCCACGUAGCCUUUGUAAUCUAUGUGUUAAUUCACAGAAUCUGUAGAAGUUGAAACGUCAUUCCAGUUGUUGUACUGUUACUGUGUUUUAGGAUUCGUUUCAGUUGCCUUAUAACCAACAUCGAACUUUGCAGCUUUCCCUGUGUUGUUACUCGGGACAGCGUAGCUGUUUUCCUCUUCUGAGAACCCUUUGCUCUAUGCCUCUAUUCAUCGUCUUAAGUACUCCGUAUCUUUUUUAGUCCGGCAUUGAAACUA